CACCCCAGGCUUAAGGCAGAUUAGGGGAGUGCUCACUCUGCCAGGAGCUGCAAUCUGAAAUCUCAGGUACUGUAGCAGUCUGCUAGUUAGCUUACAUCGAGUUGUUUUGGUUAUAUGAAUGGAUAAUUCCUCUGACUCAUUUUAUUACUUAGAUUAUCAGUGGUUUCGAGGCUGGUGUGGCCCCGUGGUUUUACAGUGUCCUCAUUUGCAAGGCUCAUGUUGCUGUAAGAUAGGAUGAGAAUGUAUGGGUUUUGAGACUCUUCUGAGACUCUUCUUGAGUCAGUCCUGAGACUCAGCUACCAAAGGCAAAAACCAAAACGAGAUUCUCAUUUCUGAGCUCCAAGGGCUGGAGUCCAUGUGAUCAAUGUGGAGGGAGAUCUCAAAGGGGUGUAUGGCUGGGUGGCAUCUUGAAGAUGCGACUGUGCUGUUCCCUAGGCAGACUUGCAUGCCUGUACCAAGGUGGUGAUGUAACAUGAACACAGUAUUAACCCCUGUGGGACACCAGAAAAAAAGAAUUUGGGGAACACAUGUAAAAUCCACCCAGGCCACCUGUCACUUAUCCAGCUGAUAUUUUUAUUAUUACAGGGACAGUUUCAGUCAAGUACCCUAAGCAGGUUUGUCAACCUUGGUCGGCUGACUGGCAUAAUAUUUUCAAUUCGAGACACUCUACAUGAAUGAAAAUGAGGCACACUCAUUUACAUGUAUGUAACAGUUUUAUUACCUUGUAAAUAGUCUGUAGGGCUUGCAAACUACCCCAACGCUAUUGAUGUAGCUAAAUUUUGGUUUUUAAUGGAAUACAGAUUUGCUGUAAUAUCACUUUGCCGUUUAUACAUUUACAUCUAUAUAAGCUACAUUUCCAAAAACAAGCUUUCACAAUUUUGCUCAUCUAACAUAGCCUUAUUACAUGUAUAUAAACACCUAUGAAAGCCGAUAUACUCACGUCUAACGAUGAACGAGUAAACUUUGCUUGUUAGAUUUAUCACUUACUGCCCCCAAGUGGAUAAUCACAUGAAUGGCAGAAACGCGCCAGAGGUAUCUGAUGUAAGAUUUGCUUCACGGAAAUUUGAAAAGAGUUCAUCAAAAGUAUCAGCCAGCUGACCAAUUUUUCAAAACAGAAUAUACUAUUGAUAACUUUUAUAACCGAUUUUUUCCGUGGGACACGAUGGCUGCCACAACUGUUUCAACGAAAAACACUCGUGUUGUUUUCUGGUGCUAUUAUGGCGCUAUGGGACAAAUGAAGCUUUAAAUCGGCGGGGGGAUACUGUAGGUCUGUCUAACCUAAUAAAGUAACCAGGACAAAUGGACUAAACUCGUCGUAAAUACGAAGACAGUCCCAUUCACCUACCGUCAUAAUACUCUUUUUUUAUUAACACACAGAUUGUAGCUCAGCAGGUGGCGGUAUACAGAUUUCAAAUGAUUUAGACGGCUAUCAGAGAGUAAAAAAACGGCGGAACCAAAAUAUCGUUACUCUCAGUUUCCGGCCGGUAUUGUAUUCGGUCUGCACAUCCGGUGUAAACAGUAUGCAGGCAAGACACGUAGUAUCUGAAAUGCUAUGAAAUUCAAUAGCAAAUUCCAUAAGCAAAACAGACCUUUUUUUAGUCCAAUUACUAAAGCGUCAAACACAAGAUGAAUGCGGAAUCCACGGCUGAAAGGGCGCUAGGAACCGCCUCGUCUGCAGGUGCUUCAGCACCAAUUCCGGGCAGCACUGCGGUCCUGACGAUACCGCAGACGUGCCGCCUGGUGUGUGUCGAGUACCCUGGGUACGUAAAAAAUGUGGAUAAGAUGCUGGAAACUGUUGGAGGCGAGAAGGGAGUGUCUAAGACCUACAGUGAUCCCUCUAGAAGACUUGAGUUGAAAUUUCGCCCACGGGACCCCUACUGUCACCCCGUGUGUGGAAACCGUUUUCCCUCCACCAACUUGUUACUUAGAGUGAGAAGGAAAGUGCGCAAAGGAGGCACUGGGGAGGUGCGGAUGUUCAUGGAGAUCAUGGGUGUUGUCAGCACCACAUAUAAAUUCCAAGGGAUGGCAGAUUUCCAGUAUCUUGCGGUGCAUACACAGGCUGAUGGCAAUCAAAUAUCUCUGUAUGACAAGAUCAUCCUACAUAAACCAGAGAAGAAGGAGUUUUUUGACAUGGAUGUGCCCUUGUUUAUCCCUCCACCUAUCUUCUCUCGCCUCGACACCCCAGUUGACUAUUAUUACCGUCCAGAAAUCCAACACAGGGAAGGCUACAUGCCCCCGUCAGUCUCCAGCGAGAACCUCAUUGGGCAGAGCCGGGCACGUCGCCCCCACAAUGCCAUCUUUGUGACCUUUGAGGACAAGACCGUGCCUGUGGAGCCGCUGGAGGCUGCCGUGCAGAACUGGAAGCGGGUCUGCCUUCACCCGAGUGAGACCAAGGCUGAGGAGGAGAUGAGAAAGAUGUUUGAAAGAAGGCCCAUCUGGUCACGCAACGCCGUCAAGGCCAACCUGGAUAUCCACCCAGAGAAGCUGAAGUUGCUGCUGCCAUAUAUGGCAUAUUACAUGUUGACGGGUCCAUGGAGGAGCCUGUGGGUCAGGUUCGGAUACGAUCCCAGAACUGUGGCGGAGGCCAAGAUUUACCAGGUGCUGGACUUUCGGAUUCGCUGCGGGAUGAAACAUGGAUACGCUCCGAAUGACAUGCCCGUGAAAGCCAAACGAAGUACCUACAAUUACAGCCUGCCCACCACCAUCAACAAGGCAGUUCCCCAGCCAGCCAGCCUGCGGGAAAUCACACAGGAAGGAAGCACAAGCUUGGGGCGCAAGCCUGCCCCCCCCAGGUACAAGCUGAAGGAGUCUGCGUACAUAUUCCGUGAGGGAACGUUGCCACCAUACCGGCAGAUGUUUUACCAGCUCUGUGAUUUGGAUGUGGAGCGCAUAAAGACGGUGAUCCACCAGAACGACGGGCAAGAGUUGGAAUGUGACGAGCGGGACGGCUGGUGUCUGCCCCGGACGGCGGACGAGCUGAGGGACAUCAUGUCCAACAUGAUCAAGCAGAUCAUCCGCGCCAAGCGGCCAGCUCCUUGUCCCGCCAAGACCAAGCGUGCUGCGGCAGAGCCAGAGAGCGCGGACGAGGAAGAGGGGGCCGACGAGGAUGAGGAGGAGUUUCAGCCCUCGGAGGGAAGCGACAAUGAGAUGGAGACGGAAAUCCUAGACUACAUGUGAUGCCGCAUGGAGCUGACAGCCCGCUGAAUGCCAUUGGACUGAAUCGCUGAAUCGUAGCAGUUUUUGGAUGAUGCAUCACCUUAUUGCAUUUCAUAGAUUUAAAUCAGGCACUUAAAAUUAAAAAUGUUUUCUGAAGCAAUACUGAUUGUCCCUGCCUUGAAUAAAGUAAAGCUGAUAUAUUUGCUUGUCAUCUAGGCUGCACAUCUUUUUUAUAUAUACGAGUUCCUUUUUAUGAUUCUUUUGCAGCAGGAAAGUGAGAAAUAAACCUGAAAAAUAAAGUGCCCCAAAGACUGUGC